GGCAGUUAAAACAGCGAGAGGGUUUUUGGGUGUGUGCAAAGGAAAUAAGAUAAGGAUUUGCAUACCUGAAAUGGUAUGAGGUAUGGAGUAAGCUGAGGAGUGAGAGAGCAACUAAAAGAGAUUAAAUGCAGUCCAGAGACUACAUUCUGUAGGUUUCAUCAUGUCCAUCUACAGAACCGAAGGAAAACUCUUGUAUUUUCUCAUCGUUGUAAUGGCAGGAGCAGAGGUCCAGAACAACAUCUCACCGGAGUGUAAGCAGUUCUUGUACAUGGGGACUAUACCACGAGGGCUUGAGGAGCAACCGUUGAAAAAGAUUUGCCAGUACUAUGCAGGCAAGCCGCGGUUCUUCACCCUCUAUGACUCCUUCAGCCACAUCCCCGUUUACUCUGCGUACACGUUCAAGCGCUCGGACGGUUCCAAAAAGGUUGAUGUACCCUGGAUGUACGAGCCACAGCUUUCUUUGGUGUCUGGAUCCAGAGAGAUGGAGCCGUUCCCUUCUGCAAAUAUUCACAAGAGCUUUGAGGAUUCCCAGGCUGUGCUCGAUGACUACUCCGACACUGUGAUCUUCGAACGAGGCCAGCUGAAUCCAGACGAGCAUCAGGCCGACCCAGAGGAUAAAGCGGCCACCUACACUCUGACCAACGUGGUUCCCAGGGUCCGAGAGUUCAACAUCGGUCCUUGGAAAAUGCAUGAACACACCAUGCGCAAGAGGCUGAACAACUACUGCCGUGGAACUGCCUAUAUGGUCACGGGGAUCACCACCUCAGGCCACACCAUUCGCCGUCACAACAUCAACCGCCUGGGCAUUCCUACCUACCUCUGGUCGGCCUACUGCUGCACUGAGUUUGAUCACAACGCUCCCUACUCGGAGCGCUCAAAGUUCCCUGCGUUUGCUGCUUAUGGGCUCAACGACAGGGAAAACAACAAGGUUCAAGAGAUGACGGUUCAGCAGCUGGAGGACUUCCUGAAGAGGGUAACAUAUGUCAGCGGCUCCUUCCAGAUCUUCUAUGACAACUGUGUGCCUCCUAAUACUGCUAGUGGCCCACUGGCCUGAGAAAGGGAAAGUAGAUUAAUUCUUACUCUUACUAUGCAAUGUAGACCGUUUUAAUUCCUCUCUGUUAGCUCCUUGACUUUCAAUUGUUUCUGUAGUAGCUUCUUAUUUCACUGAAUACUCAGCAAUCUCAGCUACAACAAGUAUCAAGUAUCAAUAUGUUUUAGCUCUGUUUCUUUUGUGAAGCAUUACUAGGCUUUGGUUAUACACAAAUGCCCAUAAAUUCACAACUUACUUGGUUGUACUCUACUCACAUUAUCCGUUUUAUGGCAUCUGGCCGUAGCUGGAAUGAUACCAGCCUGUGAAGGCCUUUUGUCCGGUCAAAACAGAUUAGACCAAUGUUUUACAUUUUCUAUACCUGUGCAGAGAAGCUAAGCUAAGUCACAUAAAGAUAUUUCACUUGGCAAGGUCAAGAAUUUUGCUUGGGUUUUAAAAGGGAUUGUUUGAAGUUUGAUGGAGUCGGCAAGUUUUAUUUACAUUCAGAUUCUGACUCCUGAUGUUACGCUGUGAUUUAAAUAAAUGUUAAUCUGAA